AUGGGGAAAUCCAUCACUGACUCAAGAAGAGAGACUAAUAACGCAGAAUCGGUCAACAACGACAACAAAUUGAAGGGAACUAUAGGAUUUGAAUUGGAAGCACCGGCGGAUUCAGUCGAAAGAUUAUUCGACGUAAAGGAAGUUCCAACAUGGAAGCAACAACUUACUGUGAGAGCUUUCGUUGUCGCUUUUCUUCUUGAUGUACUUUUCACCUUCAUUGUAAUGAAGCUCAAUUUGACGACUGGAAUUAUCCCCUCGCUCAAUGUAUCGGCAAGAAUGUUAGGGUUCUUCGUUAAGACUUGGACAAAGCUUUUAGAGAAAUUUGAUGUCUUGUUCAUCUCUUGA